AUGGCUCGUUUAUUAGCGUUGCUUGCACUGGCCCUCGGCACUGCCGCAAGGUACCAGGAACCCUUAUCGUUCGAGGAGACCGAACAGCUCAGUAAGCUUCGCGGUGCGAUACGAAAUGUCGUGGUGCUUGUCCAAGAAAACCUCUCAUUUGAUCACUUCGCCGGUGGCCUCACAUACAACAGCAGCAUUGAUGGCUUAGUGAACCGAAAAUACUGCAAUCCAGCAAAUGUGUCUGCACCCGACACCUCGCGUCAGGUUUGCGCAGCCAAUACCGCACAGAACGUCGCCGCAGAUGACCCCAACCAUAGCAUUUCGGGCAUCAAUAUGCAAUUAUUUGGAUCAUACCAUCCCGCCGCGCUAGCCGAAUCCUCCAUGGACGGCUUUAUUACCGAGCAACGCGUUUCUUACAGACUGGAGCGACUAGAGAACCAACAAGAGCUGGACAGGCUAGGCAGGCCUGAAGGAACACACGAUGAAACGCGAGGAAUGUCACCAGAAAUGGUGGACCAUCUCGAGCGCGAGCGCGCAGCCGAGGUGAUCGAUUAUUUCAAACCCGAAAAUAUUCCUGUCUUUAAUGCGAUAGCGGAGAACUACGUUCUCUUUGACCGGUGGUUCGCUGCCGUGCCCGGGCCCACGAACCCGAACAGAGCAUACCUCACAUCCGGUACCUCCUACGGCCAUGGCACAAAUGACGAUGCCUUUCUCCGGUCGGCUAUGCCACAAAGGUCGAUUUUCCAACAAUUGUCGGAGAAAGGGAUUAGCUGGACCAACUACGAGAACUCCACAAAAUCGAACCCUCCAUUUUUGCCCGACGCAAUGUUCUACGAAUGGACUGCCAAGUCGAUCACAAGCAAGACAAGUGUGAAACCCAUCGACACGUUUUACCAGGAUGCUGCGAAUGGUGAAUUGCCUCAAUUCACCUGGAUCAAUCCGGAGUGCUGCACCUACACGUCAAUGCACCCGCCUUCCCCCAUCAAUAUGGGCGAGAAUUUUAUCAAGAGUGUAUAUGAAGCAGUUCGAAACUCACCUCAAUGGAAUGAGACACUAUUCAUUCUGACAUGGGACGAGCAUGGUGGAUUUGCGGAUCAUGUCUCCCCACCGACCCAGGUGCCAGCCGGCGACAGUCUAACAUACACCGAGAGGGCCGCCGACGGUGGCGACUAUACAUUUCAUUUUGAUCGUCUAGGUGUUCGUGUUCCUACAGUAUUGAUAUCCCCCUGGGUCGGAAAGGGUCUGAUUCAAAACAAGCCGGAUGGAGACAAUGAUUUCACUCACACUUCUAUCCUGAAAGUCCUUUCUGAGCUCUGGGACCUGGACAUACUCACCCCUCGAGUAGAAUGGUCACCUUCUUUCAAGCAUUUGAUUUCGAGCGAAUAUCGAGAUGACACACCCAAGCAGCUUCCUACUGCAGCGGAGUUUUAG